AGCCUUGGAGAGGCAUCAGCUGAGAAGAGCUAUCACAGAGGAGCUGGGAGCUGCUCAGCAAAGAUGCCUUCAUGAGGAAACUGGAGUCCAGAAGAGUUGCAGAGUGAGUAAUACCCAGACCUGGAGCUAGAAGCUGAAUCUCAUGUUCCUUCUACUCCCCGUUCUGAUGAGAAAAUCAGAAAGUUCACAAAAUCAGCCCUAAAGCCAGAGCACUGUCCUAGAGCAAAGCAGGACCCUGGAGAAGGGAGACAGAGGAUUCAGAAUCGCCCUCAAAAGGGAAGAAAAGCAUGAAGAACUAGAAAAGAAAGUGGAAGAGAGGCCUUUCGGAAGGUGGAGUACUGCAUAGCAUGAGAGGAUCAGUCUCCGACAUGGCUGCUGAGUCCCAUCCCUCGGGCUGACCCUGGGGCUACCUUCUGACAGAAACUGGACAUGAGCUCCUGACUUUGGAGCAGCCUGGCCUGGCACCCUGUCCACAUAGGAGCCCAACUAGGAGGGCUGGUGAUAAAAGCCUGCCUUACAGGCUCCAGCAGAAGGCCCCCCAACAAAAUUGGGAAGCCUGGACCUGGGCUUACAUCCCAGGGUUGUGGAGUAGGAUGGGGGAUGGGCCUGUAACAGGAAGUGCCCUGGGUGUCCUUUUUCGGCCCCAUGGAGUCCUCACCCAUCCCCCAGUCAUCAGGAAACUCAUCCACUUUGGGAAGGGCCCUUCAAACCCCAGGUCCCUCUACGGCCAGCGGAGUCCCAGAGUUGGGACUAAGGGACGUGGCUUCGGAAUCUGUGGCCCUCUUCUUCAUGCUUCUGUUGGAUCUCACUGCUGUGGCGGGCAAUGCUGCUGUGAUGGCUGUUAUUGCCAAGACACCCGCCCUCCGAAAGUUUGUUUUUGUCUUCCAUCUCUGUCUGGUGGACCUGCUGGCUGCCCUGACCCUCAUGCCCCUGGCCAUGCUCUCCAGCUCUGCCCUCUUUGACCACGCCCUCUUUGGGGAGGUGGCCUGCCGCCUCUACCUGUUCCUGAGCGUUUGCUUUGUCAGCCUGGCCAUCCUUUCGGUGUCUGCCAUUAAUGUGGAGCGCUACUAUUAUGUGGUCCACCCCAUGCGCUACGAGGUGCGCAUGACACUAGGGCUGGUGGCCUCUGUGCUGGUGGGCGUGUGGGUAAAGGCCCUGGCCAUGGCGUCUGUGCCAGUGUUGGGAAGGGUCUACUGGGAGGAAGGAGCUCCCAGUGUUAACCCAGGCUGUUCUCUCCAAUGGAGCCAUAGUGCCUACUGCCAGCUUUUUGUGGUGGUCUUUGCUGUUCUUUACUUCUUGCUGCCCUUGAUCCUGAUCUUUGUGGUCUACUGCAGCAUGUUUCGAGUGGCUCGCGUGGCUGCCAUGCAACAUGGGCCGCUGCCCACGUGGAUGGAGACGCCCCGGCAACGCUCUGAGUCUCUCAGUAGCCGCUCUACUAUGGUCACUAGCUCCGGGGCUCAUCAGACCACCCCACACCGGACGUUUGGGGGUGGGAAGGCAGCAGUGGUCCUCCUGGCUGUCGGGGGACAGUUCUUGCUUUGUUGGUUACCCUACUUCUCUUUCCAUCUCUAUGUUGCCCUGAGUGCUCAGCCCAUUUCAACAGGACAGGUGGAGAAUGUGGUGACCUGGAUCGGCUACUUUUGCUUCACUUCCAACCCUUUUUUCUAUGGAUGUCUCAACCGUCAGAUCCGGGGCGAGCUUAGCAAACAGUUUGUCUGUUUCUUCAAGGCAGCUCCAGAGGAGGAGCUGAGGCUGCCGAGUCGCGAGGGCUCCAUCGAGGAGAAUUUCCUACAGUUUCUCCAGGGUACAUCUGAGAACUGGGUUUCUCGGCCCCUACCCAGCCCUAAGCGGGAGCCACCGCCUGCUGUUGACUUUCGAAUCCCAGGCCAGAUUGCUGAGGAGACCUCGGAGUUCUUGGAGCAGCAACUCACCAGCGACAUCAUCAUGUCGGACAGCUACCUCCGUCCUGCCCCUUCACCAAGGCUGGAGUCAUGAUGGACAGACACUAGGAGGGAAUAAGGCUUGGGGCUGGUUUAUCAUCUCAAGGAUUGCUUUUCCAGCUGGCUGGGGUUUGGACUCGGGUCUCUGGACUUAGCUUUUGUGUGGUGUUUCCUGGGUCAGGACCAGAGUCAACGGGAUGGACAUGUGGCAAAAAGCCUUGGACUUGGCUGUGAUCUUUGACUAUUGGGGGAGGGAUCCUGGGUAUGGUGAGACGGUGAUGAGAGAAAAGGGUGACAAAGGUGAGGGAAAGCCUUUCUACCAGUGAACUCUUCGUGCCUCAGGAGACAGGGCAACUUCUGGGUAGGCAUUGGAGCAGCAGGCUAGGAGCAGUUAUUCUGGGGACCGUUGAGGUUUACUUCUUUCCAGUGUCAUAGUCCAGACUAAUAUUUAUACUGAGACAAGGUAAGAAAAUGGCCCACAUCUUCUCAUUUGCUAACUAGGUUAAAAAAAAAAAAGACACGACUAGUCAAGUGUUUCCAUGAGUUAAUAGAUCCCUUCCUGAAAGUUAAUGUCUAAAGUGAGGAGAGGAACUGUAGGGGUGGACUCUUUCCUGGAUUUGGCCAGCAGCAAGGGAAAAUUGCAAUUAGGGUAGUGGAGAGAAGACAGAAAAGCUCGGCAGCUCUCUCUCCUUCUCUUUCCUGCUUGUAGGAAAUCAAGUGGGUCCUGACCUCAGCAGAGAUGAGCCGGAGACAGGAUGCCCCUUUCCUCCCUGUCUUUUGAGUAACUAGAAUGACUCAGGGUCAGGGAGCUGAGGGUGGGUGUUAGCCUUUGAAUUGGUAAUGCGGCUGGAUACAGAAAGGCCAGGUAAAUUACUCUGAUCAAUAAUACUGCCAAUCUUUUCUUUCCAGGACUGGCCUCCCUGAUCUAUCUCCUCAUGGCAGUGACCCACUUCCAGCCCCCUGGACACUCGGGUACAAGAGACUCAGGUUGGGCAUGGGAAGGGUGGGGUCUCCAUAGUCCACGAAAUGCCUCCUUGUUCUCAUUCAUUGCUCUCAAAAUUAGCUUCUGUGACAAAGAUUUAAUCUGUUUCCUACCUGCAGCCCUAGGUUGGAGAGAGAGAGAACAGAGAAUUGGGCUUUGCUGUUCAUUGAUUAAGACUAUAGGAACCAUGUUGGUUAGUAUCAGCAAUGGUACUUUCAAUGGAGAGGGAUUAAUUGCAAGCUGGACAGGCUUCCCCUCUGGGCCCUGUCCAUUCCAUUUCCCUCAGCUGAAUACUAACGGGCCAAAGUAGGACCAGAGGGUGAUGUGGUCUAUAUCUGAACAAAUCUCUGGUUCACUGAACAUGAAAGAGGGAAAGUGGGAUGGGGUGGAGUAGUUUCCCCUUUGAAAAAAAAUAAAUUUUAUGAUAAAAGUUAUAUUAAUAUCAA